AGGAGGCGACUUGGUGGGCAGCGGCGAUGGAGCAGCCGGUGCAGACGGAGACGUGGAAGGCUCGCAGCCUGGAGGAGCUGAUCCGCAUCCUCCACGGCCUCUUCUCCGAGGAGAAAGUCAGCGUGGAAGAGGUCCAGGAGCUGAUGGAGUCGUACGAGAGCAACCCCGAGGAGUGGAUGCAGUACGCCCAGUUCGACCAGUACAGGUAUACGAGAAAUCUUGUGGACAGUGGAAAUGGAAAGUUCAACUUGAUGAUCUUGUGCUGGGGUGAAGGUCAUGGCAGCAGCAUCCAUGAUCACACUGACUCACACUGCUUUAUGAAGAUCCUCCAGGGGAAUCUAAAGGAGACCCUGUUUGAAUGGCCUGAGAAAAAGGGGAAUGGUGAAAUGACUAAGAAAUCGGAACGCGUUUUGAGGGAAAAUCAGUGUGCCUACAUUAACGACUCCAUUGGCCUGCACCGUGUGGAGAACAUAAGCCACACAGAGUCUGCGGUUAGCCUGCAUUUGUACAGCCCACCCUUCGACAGCUGUAACACCUUUGAUCAGAGGACUGGACACAAGCACAAAGUCAAAAUGACCUUCUACAGUCAGUUUGGAGAAAGGACUCCCUGUGCAACUGCAGUGCCACAGGAGAACAACUGAGAAGCACCAGCACGCGUUUGCCUAAGACCUGCUGAAUGUUUAAAUGGGGACAGAAGAGCUGUAUGGCUACGGCCAGCAGCCUUCUAUAUUUCUAUACUUUGUACAUAAAAGUACCCUGGGGCAGUUUCCAGGCCACUCACAGUUUCCUCGAGCCAAUGCCUAUAAUGAGACACUAAGCUAACUAGUGCCAUAAACUACUUCAGAGGUUAGAUGCCUUUUCGUAGGCUCCUAUCAGAAUUAAGUAGUUUGUUUUCUGAUUCUAGCCUCCUUUUAAUUCCACUUCUGACACAACACUAAGAAUAUCAGAAAUAAGGGUUUUAAACAUCAUCUGAUACUACUUAAUAGGCCUACAUGUAUGUAUACCCUCAAUGUAAUUAAUAAUUAUAUAAAUUUCUAAGCUUCCAGUCACUUGUGCCUAUGGGUAGUACACUAGAUACAAUUAACAGCAGCUUUUUUAUUUUAUUUUAUUUUAAUGCUGUAGGCCAUUUCAAUAGUUUUGUGCAUUUUUUACUGUUUAUUUUUUACAAUUUCUUUUGUCAGAUCUUGUUUUAAAUAGGAGCAAUGAAAUGCUUCAUGCACAAUGAUUUUUUAAACUGAUUCGGCACAGAUUUGGGUUUUUAAUAGGACUAAUCAUAACUAAUUCAGCUAAUGUCCAGUUUCCAAAGUAUUCUGUAUAGCUACUGAAGAAGGUAACUGAAAUAAAACUGGAUUUGUGCACAGAUUUCAAA